GAUGUUGGUCGGAUGUGGGGACGACGUGCAGAUCAGGGCGACUACACACACCCCGCGUGGCGUAGCCGUUCAACUUGGGUGCCGUAAUUUAGAAGGUUGCGUUGCAGGAAAACAGCUAAGUUGGCUUAUAAAGACGCUAGGGGCGCCACCCCUCAUGCCUAAAAGCAUGAUGAUGUCGGCAGCACUGCGGGGUCCAGCAUCCGACACAUCAUGGCAGUCGAACAGCAGAUUGAAUACGCCAUUGUCGGCGGCGGCAUCUCCGGCCUCACGCUGGCCAUUGCGCUCCUCGAGCGUGGGCUGUCUGUCCACAUUUACGAACAAGCGAAGGAAUUUGGAGAGAUUGGAGCAGGUGUAUCGUUUACGCCCAACUCUGUCCAAGCUAUGAAGCUGUGCCAUCCGGGCAUAUACGACGCCUUUGAGAAGGUCUGCACUCGAAAUCUAUGGCCGUCGAAGCAAGGCGUGUGGUUUGACUUCUACGACGGCUUGGAUACGGACAAGAACGCAUCGUCGGUCUUCUCGAUCCGUAACGACCUGGGACAAAAUGCUGUGCACAGGGCCAACUUCUUGGACGAACUUGUCAAGCUUAUGCCUGAGGGUAAAGCGUCCUUUGGCAAGCGAUUAGACGACAUUAUACAAAACGAAGACGGACGAUAUACUCUUAAAUUCCUUGACGGAAGCUCAGCUAUUGCUGAUGCCGUUCUUGGUUGCGACGGUAUCAAGUCUAAGGCGAGAGAAAUCAUGUUUGGUAGCGACCACCCCUGUGUCGUGCCAUCGUAUACAUUCAAGAAUGCAUACAGAGCUAUGCUUCCCAUGGAGACAGCUAUUGCGGCGAUUGGGAAAGAAAAGGCAGAAAACGCGUGCAUGCAUCUUGGACGCGGCGCUCAUCUCCUCACAUUUCCAGUUCGACACGGGCAGAUGAUGAAUGUAGUCGGCUUCUGUGGAACAGACCAGCCUUGGAAAGACAUGCGCAAAUUGACGGCACCAGCAACAAGAGAAGACGCUUUACGAGACUUUGCUGGCUUUGGUCCGGUAGUGACUAGCCUGCUCCAGUUAGCAGAACCAACACUGGAGAUAGUAAGUUGCUUUCUGUUGUGUAUUGCAUGCAAUAGUCGACAACAGCAGACCGCUCUAACACAAUCUAGUGGGGUAUCUUUGAUCUGGGCGUCAACCCGCCUCCAUCGUAUGUGAAGGACAGAAUAUGCUUAGUAGGCGAUGCUGCUCACGCAACCACUCCGCAUCACGGCGCAGGAGCCGGUAUGUGCAUAGAGGAUGCCGCCGUACUCUGCGCUCUUCUUGCAGACGAGCGAGCACAGACGCGUUCUGGAGCCCAAGCGGCUAUUGCAACUUUUGAAGCCGUUCGAAAAGAGCGCGGUGAUUGGCUAGUACAAAGCAGUCGUUUCAACGCCAACGUUUACCAACGUCAGGCGCCUGGUAUCGGCGACGACUUUGCCAAGAUCGAGGCGGAGCUCAACCGUAAGAAUGGCAUGGUUGCCAAUGUGAAUGUCGAGGAAAUGUGCAGAGAGGCAAUAAAGGAGUUUUCCAAGCGCUUAUAGUGCUGGUAUGGCGUUUGUGCAGCAUAAGCUCUAACAAGAAAGAUGGAAGACGGAAUUCCUACCUUACAUCAUCCGUAGUAUAGUGCAGCCUAAGACACCAACCAAACUGAGCCUUUGAGACGGCUGAAAGAGCUCUUACCGCCAGAAGCAUGUACUUACUUUUGUGCACAGUGAACAGUGAAAAUACUUUUGUCGGUCUGGCUGCCAGGUGGCAGAUACGCUCUUAUCAACCCAUGGCGGCACGUGCCGUGGAUGAGCGCAAGAUAGCACGGCCAGGUGACCGCCAGUUGGGAACUAGGGCAAAACUUCAAAGCCAGUACAGGCAGUUCGGUACAGGGAAGUCGUAAGAAUUUACAGGAAGAUUAC